AUGAUUAGAUUAUUAUUAUUAUUAUUAUUUCCAUUAAUCUCCUUUUUUUUGUUCCUCCCUUUUCUCUUCUUUCCUUUUCUUUCUUUUCUUUUGUCUUCUUUCCUUUACUUUAUUUUCUUUUUCUUUCUUUUCUUUUCUUCUUUCUUUUUUCUUUCUUUCUUCAUUCCUUCACUAUUUCUUUCUUUUUUCUUUUAUUACUCUUCUUUCUACUUUUUCUUCUUUCUGUUCUCUCUUUCUUUCUUCAUUUCUUCUUUCUUUAUUUCUCCAUUCAUUCAUUCAUUAUUUCUUUCUUUCUUUGUUCUUUUGUUUUUCCUUCCUUUUCUUUCUUUUCUUUUCUUUCUUUUCUAUUUCUUUCGUUCUUCUUUCUUUUUGCCCUCUUCUUUCUUUCUUUCUUCAUUCCUUCACUAUUUCUUACUUUUCUUCUUUUAUUGCUCUUCUUUCUACUUUUUCUUCUUUUUUCUUUUUAUUCUUUCAUUAUUUCUUCCUUCUUUCUUUAUCUCUUCAUUCAUUCAUUCAUUCAUUCAUUCGUUUGUUCUUUCUUUAUUUUAUUGUAAUGUGUUCUUUCUUUUCUUCUUCUAUUGUUCUUCCUUCCUUCUUUCUUUUGUUGUCCUUUCUUAUUUCUUUUUCUUUUUUUCUUCAUUUCUUUUCAUCUCUCUUUCUUUUUCUUUUUCUUUUCAUUUCUUCUAUUCUUUCUUCUUUCCUUCCUUCUUACCACUUUUUCUUUUUCUUUAUCCCUUUUUCUUUCUUUCUUUCUUCUUUUCUUUCUUUCUUUCUUUUGUUACCCUUUCUUUAUUUCUUCCUUUUUUUUCUUUCAUUUCUUUUCAUCUUUUUUUCUUCUUCUUUCAUUUGUUCUUUGUUUUUUUUUCUUUCUUUCUUUUUUUUUUUUUUUUCUUUUCUUCUUUUUUCUUUUUUUUACAAUUCCCAUCCUUUUCUUUUCUUUAA